AUGAAUAAACCUCACAGUAUGUCCGGCGGCAAGGACCCCAUUUUGCGCUUCCGUCAGGGCAUACUAAGCUUUUCUUCGGCAGGAAAGCUGCAAACGCGUCCACCAACAACCCCCAAGGCUCAAGACAGAGACCAACUAGUGAAAAUCGCUAAAGAAACAAUCUCAGUCCUCCCUGGUCUCCUCCUGACACGCCCGGAUGCAAAUCCAGAUGGCUACCUUUAUGAAAAAGACGCUGCCACACCCCUCGAUCAGAGCUUCUGUCCUAGGCUGCCAAAGACAAAAAUCCGGGUCAUCAGCAGCGACACAAUUGACGCCGCCCUCCAACUCAGUCACGGUCCAGCACAAAAGUCGGUCUGUGUUCUGAACAUGGCAAAUGCGAUUCGCGCAGGUGGAGGAUUCAAAAAUGGUGCCCUGGCUCAAGAAGAAGCCCUUUGCUACCGCACCUCUCUGCAUUUCACUCUCAAACUGCGCUUCUACCCAAUCCCAGACAAAGCCGCCAUCUACUCUCCUACUGUCCUCGUGAUCAGAGACAGUCUUGCAAAUGGCCAUAAACUUCUUGAUUGCCAAGACCCGAGAAAGUUGCCGGUCAUCAGUGUCGUCAGCGCUGCGGCCGUCUUUCAACCUAGUCUAGGUCACAGCCCGGCCGUGACCAACCAGGACACGAGUAAGUUCUACGCCAGGCGAGAAGACCGCGAGAUGAUGAGGGAUAAAAUGCGCGUUAUCCUUCGGACCGCCAUCAAGAACAGACACCGCAAGAUCGUACUUGGUGCGUUUGGCUGCGGAGCUUUCCAAAAUCCACCAAAGGAAGUGGCUCGCCUCUGGUCUGAAGUGCUCCAGGAACCAGAGUUCUCGGGCGGUUGGUGGGAGGAAAUUGUCUUUGCUGUGCUUCGCCAAGGGUCGUCAGACAGCAACUUCAAGUUAUUCUCACAAGAGUUAGAUGGGGUUCUGGUAUGA